AUGGGUGAUCUUUGGCGUGCAGCAUCAACGACAUGGAAUUUUGAUUUUCUCUUUGGUCGAAGUCUCGAAGAGCAGGGCUUGGGUAACUCAGCAAGAGAGAAUGAAAUGAUAUUAAAGCAACUCCAGCAACAAGGUUGGGGCGCGGGCUGGGGGGUGUUUGGGCCAAAAAAGCGAUUCAAGCAAUAG